GCUCGGCGAGUCUUCUUCUUCGUCUACUUGUGUCAUUUGGGCGCUGAGGUCGCUGGGGAGCACGUCACUGCCCCCCACCGGACGAAGGAGACAUUACUUCAGUCUCCGACAAAACAAGUCCGUUUCUGGCCUGUCCUCCGGGUGUUGAACCUGAUGAAUCUGUCAAGUGUCGGAUCGCCAGGUGGCGAUGGUCGGUCGUAGGUUCCUCCGGUGGUCGUAGCGACAUAAAUGAGUAACUUACGACCAUGGGUUUGCCGUAGGUGUUUUUUUCAAACUUGAUUGAGAAUGUGAUUUAGUAUCAGGAAAGACAAAUGUACUCAAUGGAGGAAAGCACCUGUUGUACAAAGGAGUCCAAACACAUGUGCACAAUCUACUACUUUAAAUCAGCCUCACGCACAGCGAUAGCGUGCGUUUUGCGUGAGCAAACGCCAUGGCAACAGAAUGGUGACGUUUCCCCGAGGUCACCUGAGCGCUGCUGGCCUUCCAGAAUUCACUUCUGCUGUUGAACUUGAUGAGUGUAGCUGUGUUGAACGAGUUGAACAGUCUGAGGCCCGAUAUUGUGGAAAUCUACUUGCGGAUAACAACUGUUGGAGAACCGAGUGUUACAGUAACACUAACGAGUGUUACAGUAACACUAACGAGUGCUACAGUAACACUAACGAGUGUUACAGUAACACUAACGAGUGCUACUGUAACACUAACGAGUGUUACAGUAACACUAACGAGUGCUACGUGGAGGAGGCGAAGUCUUCCAGCGGACCCCCUGCCAUGGAGCCCCUGCUGAGCAGAGUCAGACAGUGGAUCCUUGCCUUUGGACUUUGGCACCAGUUCGCUGACCGCCCUGUCGUGGAGAGGCCUCUCCACGACGUGGUCCUUCCGGAUUACGAGGAGGACGAGGAGGAAGGCGUGGACGAGCUGCAGGAGGUUGAGGCCGAGCCCCCCAGCGGGGACGGUCAGCAGGUUCCUCUUCCUCCUCCCUACGCUGCUCCCUUUGCGCCUCCCUACCCUGCUCCCUUUGCUCCUCCCUACCCUGCUCCCUUUCCUUCUCCAUACCCUGCUCCCUUUGCCCCACCCUACGCCGUUCCCUUUGCUCCUCCCUAUCCUGCUCCCUUUGCGCCUCCCUACCCUGCUCCAUUUGCCCCACCCUACGCCGUUCCCUUUGCUCCUCCCUACCCUGCUCCCUCUGCUCCUCCCUACCCUGCUCCCUCUGCUCCUCCCUACCCUGCUCCCUUUGCUCCUCCCUAUGCUUAUCCUUUUGCUGCUCAGGCUGGCGGUAAUGUUCUUCACGCUCACCCUCACCAUCCUCCUGCUGUCUUUCACGCUGACCUCUUUAAUGAUGAUGGUGAAGAUGACAAUGAUGAUGCUGGUGAUGAUGAUGAUGAUGAUGAUGAUAUGAACAAUGAAAUUGACCGUAUGCUUGAAAGGUACAGGUUAGGGCUACCCGAUGAGGAGGAGGUCUUUGAUGGCGAGGGUGAGUUUCCAUUUCUGGUCCCUGUGCUGGACAUUGAAGACAUUGGCCCAGUGCCCCCAGAAGAUUCUUUUGAUGAGCUCCUGGAUGCAGAUGUCCUUGAAUCUCCUUCUGGCCUCGACUUCUCCACAAAACAACCCAGGGAAGAGAGCGACGGGGAGGAGUCUGCUGCGAAGAGGGCACGGUGGUGAGAAGACAGCAACUCGGAGUGACAAUCCUCCGGGAAGCUUUGGAGCAACCACUGAGUCCACUUGCAGCAGGAACAGUGGUUGCCAUGGUAGCCUCUGCGUCUGGCAGGGCUAGUGUCCCCCAUGUAGCGUCUUGCACUGGGGCUUUUCUGUCUUCAUCUUUGCACGGUGGAUCCAUCAACUUCUUUCAUCCUGAGGGCCGGCCUUUGGGACUGGCAGAGGCGUUGACACCCCAAGCAAGUAGCCUUUGCAUCUGGUAGGGCUGAAGAAGACAAAAAUGCUUUUAUACACCCUACCCCC